UGAUUAUUUCAAAAAUUUCAGAUAGAAUGCUUGAAAAUAAUUGCCCAGUGUAAAACUACAAAAAUUAAAGAGUUAUUAAGUUCCAACAAUUUCACAUAGCGUGCAUAGAAGAAUUCAACCUGUACAUAGCGUACAUAGAAGAAUUCAAAUUUUACAUAGCGUACAUAGAAGAUGGGAGGGAUGAAGAAGAUUUGGAGGGAAGCUGCCUCACUCAUACUUACUGCUCAUACACCCCGUACACUCAGUGUUGUGCAAAGUGUUUUACCUGUACAGGAUUCUCCUGACUGGAGCACUAUAUUUGAUUACCAGGUCUUGAUGCUGCGGCGCAGUAGCAAAAGCAAAUUCAUGCCAAGUGCUUAUGUGUUUCCUGGUGGAGUUCUGUCCAAAGAAGAUCUUAGCCAGGAUUGGAUGAACUAUUUCCAGAGAAAAGGAAGGUCUCAAGAUGAUUUAGAGGAGCUUGUUCUUGAUAAACCUGACCGGCCUUUGUUAAUGAGUUCAGAGGAUUCAAAGGAGGCCGUUCGGAGGGAUAUAGCUUUCAGACUGACCGCUAUCCGAGAAACCUUUGAGGAAUCUGGCAUCCUGCUUUACAUGGACAAAAACAAGGAAGGAGAUCUAGCAAGUGCUUAUACCUUCAGUGAGGAAAUGGAGUUGGAAGCUCUUAGGAAAAAGGUACACAAUGACCCCAGUGAACUGCUGAAGUUAUAUCAAGAGUUGGACUUAAUCCCAGAUCUUUGGUCUCUAACAGAAUGGAGUGAUUGGUUAACUCCGACAGAUCUUCAUGAGCAGGGAAACAGAAGAUUUGACACUCUGUUCUACCUCUGCAACAUUGGGAGCAAACCAGAGACUGUCCUGGACAAGGCUGAAAUAUCUGCGUUGGACUGGACUUAUCCUGGAACCAUUCUUCAUCAGUUUUAUUCUAGACAACUUUGGUUAGCUCCACCCCAGGUAUACAGGGUUAAAGAAAUACUUUACCCCCCAGGUAUACAGGGUUAAAGGAAUACUUUACCC